AUGGAUCAAUAACAUUAAUAGCAUUUUCAAACUAUAGAAUGUGUAGUUUCUGAGAGAUUAACAACCAGAGGCAAAUCCUAAACUAAAGACACAAUUCAAGUCUUAUCCCCUAAACAAAAUAUAGUGUAUGUCAAGAGAUAGCCAUAACAAAUCAUAACAACAACACAAGCACCAAUCAGAACAGAAACCUUUGUUAAACCUAUUAUCUAAUAAGUACAAAAAGUACAGGUAGUUGAUAAUAGAGAUGAGGUUGAAUUUUAUAAGAGUAAAUGUCUAAUCUAUGAAAAACAAAUCAGUGAACUCAACAUUGAAGUUACUAGAUUGAGGUCUCAUCCUACAAUCUAAGAGAAAAUCACUUACGUUGAAGAUUCCCAUAAAGUAGCUGAAUUGGAAAGAUAACUAAAUAUCUACCAAACUGAAAUUAAUAAAUUAACUGCCUCUUUGAAAGAAACAAACAUUGAAAUUGAGACUCUUAGGAUAAAGAAUACAUAAAUAACUUCAUAAUUGGUUUAUUAUCAAUAAUAAAACAGCGAUUUUGAUAAAUUAAAGAAAACUUAAAUUGACAGUGAACAAUAUUAUUAAAAUGAAAUCCAAAGAUUAAAUAUUCUCGUCUAAUAGAGCUAAACCUAAUUACAAUCCUUGCAAGCCACUUUAAUAGAUGCUAAGAAGUACGAAUAAUUGUACAUCUAACUUCAAUUGACCUAAACCACUUUAACUAAUGAAUUAGAGAGAUGUACCUAAGUUUUGAAGGUAAAACAAGAGGAAUUUGAAACCACUAAAUUAUAGCUAAUUAAAGACUUGGAAAUUUAAUCAUUGAGGCUGAAGGAUUUCGAUAGAGAAAAUAAAGAAUUAAAACAAAGGGAAUAUUCAAUCUAAUAAUAGUUAGAAAGAUUGAAUAAAGAGUACUAAGAACUUAGUGAUCGAUACAAUAGUGAUAUUCGAUCAAAAAAUGAUGAAAUUGCCAGACUGACUACAGUGACUCAAACAUUAUAAUUGACAUUCUAAGAUACUUCAAAAUUCCAAGAAUAUGAACAUAGAUCUAAAUUAUAAAGUGAAGAAAUUUAAUUACUCAACUAAAAGAUUAGAAUAAAAUAGGACGAGAUAGAUAAAUGUAAAUUGCAAUUACAUUAAUACAAUCUCUAAUUACAGGAAUAUUCUAAAUAUGUUGAUUUUGAAUCUAGAUAUAGAAGUAUUUAAUAAGAAUACGAAAGGAUUCACAAUACUUUGAGAAUGAAAGUAGAAGAAAAUGAUAAUUUAAGAUCUUGUAUUUCUAAAUUACAAUUAACAAUCAGUGACAAGUAUAAAUCAAAUGAUUAUGAAAAUAAAAUUGCUUUGUUGAGUUAAGAAAUAGAAAGAUUACAUCAAAGCUUAAAAGAAUUAAGAUAAGAACUUUACUAAUUUUAAUCCUCACAAAAUGACUAAUAAAUAGCUGUCCUAAAUAGUGAAAUUGAUAGGCUCAAUACUCAACUAAAAAUCAAAAGUGAAGAAUUAGAAAAGAAUAGAACCAAUUUUAAUUAGUUCUAAUAUAAUGAAUCUUCAAGACUUAAAGAAAUAGAGUAGAAAAAUGUUGUCUAUUCAAAUGAAAUUGAUAGAUUGAGCAAUUUAGUUAGAGUCAAAAUUAAUGAAUCGGAAUAAUAUAAGUAGGAGCUAGUAAAAUUAAGAGAUUAAUCCACUAAAUUUACUUAAAUGUACAAUGAUAAUGAAAAAUUAACUACUUUAAUAAGAGCCUUACAGGAUGAAAUAGAUUAAUCUAAAAGAAAAUAAAAGUUUGAUGAAUCAAAUAUAAAUAAUGAAAAAGUUUAAGUUUUAAUUUAAGAAUUAGAUUCUUGGAAGACAUAAUUCAUCACUCAAAAUAGAGAAUUUCACAAAAAUUAAGAAUUACUUAUUUUAGCAUAAGCAGAAUUGGAUUCUUUAAAAAAUAAAAGGACUUCUACCUUAAAAACUGAAUAGUAUUCUGAUUUAAACAAUGAAAAUAAAGUAGAGUUUAAGAAGAAUCAUACAACACAACCUAGUUACAUAUUAGGAAUUUUAAAUACCAAAAAUUGA